GCUGCGAGGCCUGAUCAGUGGAGAUUGUAGACCAGACGAGUUGAGAGGGUGAUGCACUGUCGAAAAUAAUUUUAAAAAGCAAAUAGGGCAAUUGUCAGUAUUAUUUUAUAGCGGCAGAGCCAAGUCUUGUUGUUUUUUUUUUAAUAGGACAGAGCUUUAAGACUUCGGGUGCGCGGCUUUGCAAAAAAAAAAAAAAAAAAAAAAAAAAACGCAAGCAGUAGCGUUGCCCCCGGUCCCAGUGCUUAAUACUGUCAGUAGCAAUAAUUAUACCAAUAAUACCAGUAUAUGGUGGUUUUCCUAGUAAAGGAGUGCCAUGCGUUUUUAGAUAGUUUUAUGUAAUAUUGAUACAUGUAUUAGUAACGGUCCUGUGAGUGGAGUAUGAGCUGUAACCUGGAGCAGCCAGCAACACGUCAAGUUCAGUAACAGCUACCGCAUUAAGCACAACCGCAAGAGGCAUGGCGUCGGAGGAGGCCUCGCUGCGUGCUCUGGAGAGCAUCAUGACCGAAUUCUUUCACAGCUGCACCUCCAAUGAACGCAAGAGGGAGAUCGAGGAGCUGUUGAAUAACUUUGCCCAGCAGACGGGUGCAUGGCGAUACUGCCUCUACUUCCUGUCCAACACUCGGAACGAGUAUGUCAUGAUGUACAGCCUGACGGUAUUUGAGAACCUGAUCAAUAAGAUGUGGUUGGGCUUGGCAUCUCAGGAUAAAAUGGAGAUCCGGAACUGCCUGCCCAAGCUGCUGCUGUCUGAGCAUAAAGCUCUACCAUACUUCAUCCGCAACAAGCUGUGCAAGGUGAUCGUUGACAUCGGCAGGCAGGACUGGCCUAUGUUCUACCACGACUUCUUCACAAACACUCUGCAGCUGAUUCAGUCGCCUGCCAUGGCCCCGCUGGGUCUGAUCCUGCUCAAGACCACGUCCGAGGAGCUGGCUUGCCCACGGGAAGACCUGAGUGUGGCGCGCAAGGAGGAGCUGCGCAAACUGCUGCUGGAGCAGGUGCCCACUGUCCUGGGCCUGCUCACAGGAAUUCUGGAGUCGAUCUGGGAUAAACACAGUGUGACGGCAGCCACGCCCCCUCCCUCCCCCACCUCUGGAAAAAGUGGAGACCUGUUGAGCAGCCUACUGCAAGGCCCAUACUACUCCAAGCUGCUGUCUCAGCCCAUCCCCAUGCUUAACUCUGAGAGCGAGCACCUCUGCUCCCUGGCCCUGGAGAGCCUGGCUCACCUCUUCAGCUGGAUCCCCCUGUCCACCAGCAUCACGCCCGCUUUGCUGGACACCAUCUUCCACUUCGCCCGCUUCGGUUGCGAUGUGCGAGGGGGUAAGGGCAAGAGCAGCACCUCUGUGAACGGCAGCACCCAACUACCAGGUGGGCCGAGGCUGGGCGUGCUUGCCAUGACCUGUGUCAAUGAACUCAUGUCCAAGAACUGCGUGCCCCUGGAUUUCGAGGAGUACCUCCUGCGCAUGUUCCAGCAGACCUUUUUCGUGCUGCAGAAGCUCACUCGGGAGAACAACACCCAUACAGUCAAGAGUCGGCUGGAGGAGCUUGACGAGAGCUACGUGGAGAAGUUCACAGACUUCCUGCGCCUCUUUGUGAGUGUCCAUUUGAGACGGAUCGAGUCAAACUCACAGUUCCCAGUUGUGGAGUUUUUGGCACUUUUGUUCAAAUACACUUUCCACCAGCCCACUCACGAAGGCUAUUUCUCCUGCUUGGAUAUCUGGACCAUUUUCCUGGACUACCUGACCACUAAAAUCAAGAGCCGGUUGGCAGACAGAGACACAGUCUUAAAUAGGUACAAGGAUGCACUGGUGCUGUUGCUCAGAGAGGUGCUGAACCGGAUCCAGUUCCGCUACAGCCAGGCCCAGCUGGAGGAGCUAGACGACGAGACACUGGAUGAUGAUCAACAGACAGAGUGGCAGCGCUACCUGAGGCAGAGCCUGGAGGUCGUGGCCAAGAUCAUGGAGCUGCUUCCCUCACACGCCUUCUCCACACUGUUCCCUGUGCUGCAAGAAAACUUGGAUGUGUAUCUGGGGCUACAGCAGUUCAUUGUCACAUCCAGCACAGCACGGAGGCUGAACAUCACUGCGGAGAAUGACUGCCGGCGAUUGCACUGCUCUCUGCGGGACCUGAGCUCCUUGCUGCAGGCUGUGGGGAGGCUGGCCGAGUACUUCUUUGGAGACGUGUUCGCUGCCCGCUUCAACGACGCACUCACUGUGGUGGAAAGACUGGUGGAGGUGACUUGCUACGGCUCUCAGAUUAGUCUGUACGAUUUAGAAACUGCUGUGCCAUCUGUGCUCAAACCAGACCUCAUUGAUGUCCAUGCCCAGUCCCUGGCAGCCCUGCAAGCCUACUCUCAUUGGCUGGCCCAGUUCUACAGCGAGGUGCAACGACAGAACCAGGAGCGAUUCGUGUCUCUCAUCACCUCUGCCAUGGACGCCACCACAUCCCUCAUCAGUUCUAAGGUGCCAGAGAAGCUGUUACUGUCAGCAUGCCAUUUGCUGGUGUCCAUUUCCACAACGGUUCGGCCAGUGUUCCUGGUGACGGUGCCCGCAGUGCAGAACUUGUUCAACCUCAUCACAGACAGCUCUGCUCGACGGCUCCCCCCAGAGGCCCAGGUGUUGGUGUGCAGGGCUCUCUCCAACAUGCUGCUGUUGCCCUGGCCCAACCUCUCAGAGAAUGAACAGCAGUGGCACACACGAUCCACCAACCAUGCCAACCUCCUGUCUGCCCUGACCCGCCACUACCGCCUGCUGCGGGGCAGCGCCAGCCUGCAGCCACGCAGAGUGGGCCUCGAGGACAUGAAAGCCAUUGUCCACCAGACCCUGCGAGUUCUGAAGGAUGUUGUGGACAGCAUCUCUGGGGAGUCGACAAAGUCACGGCAAAUCUGCUACCAGUCUCUGCAGGAGUCAGUGCAGGUCUCUCUGGCACUGUUCCCAGUCUUCAUUCACCAGCCAGAUGUGACGGAUGAGAUGCUGAGUUUCUUUCUUACUCUGCUCCAAGGCUUGAGGGUUCAAAUGGGAGUUCCAUUCACCGAACAAAUCAUCCAGACCUUCUUAAACAUGUUUACCAGAGAACAACUGGCAGAGAGUAUCCUCCAUGAGGGCAGUGCUGGGUGCCGUGUUGUGGAGAAGUUCUUGAAGAUCUUGCAGGUGGUGGUGCAGGAACCUGGUCAGGCCUUCAAACCUUUCCUCCCCAGCAUCAUCUCCCUGUGCAUGGAGCAGGUCUACCCCAUCGUGGCUGAGCGUCCCUCUCCAGAUGUGAAGGCUGAGCUGUUUGAACUGUUGAACCAGGUUCUUCAUCACAACUGGAGGUACUUCUUCAAGUCAUCUGUGUUGGCCAGUGUGCAGAGGGGUGUCUCAGAGGAGCCUAUGGAGAAUGAAGCUCAGUUCAUUGCCAUCAUGCAGGCUUUCGGACAGUCUUUCCUGCAGCCAGACAUUCACAUAUUCAAACAGAAUCUCUCCUACCUGGAGUCUCUCAAUAGUAAACAGAAGCUCUAUCACAAGAAGCUGUUCCGCACCACCAUGCUGUUCCACUUCCUCAAUGUGCUGCUGCAGGUGCUGGUGCACAAGAGCCACGACCUACUGCAGGACGACAUUGCCCUGGCCGUCUACAACAUGUCCUCUGUGGACUUCGACGGCUUCUAUUCUGCCUUCCUGCCAGAGUUCCUCAACAGCUGCCAGGGGGUGGACUCCAACCAGCGCACCGUGUUGGGACGAAACUUCAAGAUGGACCGGGACCUGCCCUCUUUCACACAGUGUGUGCACCGACUGGUCAACGACCUACGGUACUACAGACUGUGUAAUGGGAGUUUGCCUGCUGGGACUGUGAAGCUAUAGCCACCGCAGUGGAUUUCACCAUCGGUAUUGCCAGCACCCAAAUGCAACUCUACCCCCACUUCUUGUCUCCUGGACCCUGAAUUCUAGUGUCUGUGAGACUGCUGGCUGCCAGACCAUUGGAGCUGAGCCUUAUGUUGCAAGAAGGGAGCCGUGGGGAAGGAGGACAGGGGACUUUUGCACCUUUUUUACAUCUGCAGAUUUCAGUGGAUUUAUCUAUUUUAGUUUGUUUUAAUUCUCAUUUACGAAUGUCGAUGCCAACAAUCAUGAUGAGGCCAAAAAAAGAAGGCUGUAGUAUUUCAGAGACGGGUCCCUUAAGUAUCAUUCCACUGCGCCAAGGGAGGCAGCCUUUUCGUUUCAGCACUUUUGUUUUGUUUUAGACAUUGCCUUCAGUUCUUAAUCUCUGAAGGGGAGAAUGAACCCCGAAGAGUCUCAACUGAAUUUGAGCUCAUAUCAUUCCAUGCUGAUAGUGAAGAACCAUGCUUACUGAAUAAAGUGCUUACGUUCUACAAACUUGUUUUGUAUAGUCAGUAGUUCAUGUGUUUUUUUUGUUUUUUUUUAAAUACCAAGGCUUGUAUUGUUUAUUUUCUAUUUUGUUUUGGCCAUUUUAAUUUGAAUGUUUCUCUUUUAACUGGUAUGUUUUGUACAGUUCAUCUAUUAAAAUGAAACUUUGUGUAAAUGUGAAAAAAACUGAUUGGGGAAAAAAUGUUUCUCAUGAAAGCAAGGAAAUGUCCAAGGUGUUUGGAACAUUUUGGUUUCUUUUUUCUAGCUAAUGAAAAAUGAAAGGACAUAAGAUGAUGCCAUCCAUUCCCCUCGUGGCCUGGAUUUGAAUUUAGCUUUAGUGAGAAGAGGUUGGUGGUCUGGUCCAUAGCCUCCCAUGGGUACUGGUCUGCAACACAAAACCACUCCAUCUAAAUGGUUAACUUGGUACUUAAGAUUAUUUAGAAAUAUGAAUGAUGUACAGCAACCCCCCUCCCCAAGUCUUAUCUUGUAGGAGUAAUAUUCAAAAUAUAUUUGACAAACCUCAAACUAGCAUCACUCACCAAAGCAUGCGUAACCUUAAUUUCCUUGCAGUUUGCAAAACUUGGUAAGAAGUUUUUUUUAAUUUUGUCCUGCACAUGUGAAUUGUUUUGAUUACCUGCAGUCCUUGGCAAUGCCCUGACUGGUAUUGACAAGUGUAAAUGUGGGAGGAAGACAAAGUAGCAUACAGAUUAAGAACAUCUUUUUAAAGAGUAGCAGAAGUUUCAGUGAUGUGAAAUAAUCAUCUGCUACUGAUAAGCAGAUUUAAAUUGCUGAUGUAAUUGGGCUGUUUGUUAAACGAUAUUGAGGAAGUAUUUAGGUUUAGCCUGCUUAAAGAUGUAAACAACAAUACUUGCCUCUUAACAUUACAAGCCUCGUCCCCAUUCAAAAGCUGUUGGGAGCAACUACACUAUACAAAUUUUGCAGUGUGUAGAUCUCAAUCUCGAUGUUAAUGACAAAAAAUAGUAAACAUUUAAGCCACAACAGAAUCCACGUAGAUAGAUGAAAUGUGUUACUCUGCUUUUUAGUGUGUGUGUGUGUUUUUUUUUUUAAUUUAGAUAAUGUUUAAGUGUUUGACUACUUCAUGUCAAGUUGAGUAUUUUCUUGCACACUUUUUGGUGUGGCAUGCCUGUGAGCAAAGUAAACCUACAUCUCAGACUGA